AUGGAACAAGCCGAGUCCGUCGCGGAAGCAGCACACAAAGCACACAUCGCCUCACCAGGAGACAGCCUGCUUCGAGCCGAAUUAAUCCAAAAAGUGGAGGAACAAAAUCAAGCCUUACGCCGUGGCUUCGCUAUGCUUCUGGAAGCCCGCGCGAAAGGACGUGGAGCCUCACCCAGCCCAAGCUGGCGAUAUCUUCGCGGCGUGGCGGCGCCGCACCCUCAUCCUCUGGAAUCGGUUGUGCUCCGCACUGAUCUUCGGGCCGCGUCUGUGCUCUGCCUCGGCAACAGGCAAAUCUGCUUGUCAGUCAUUUUGUGCGGGUUUCACGUGCCACAUUACCUUAUACUGCUGCUGCACUCCCUUGCCCCCUGGUGA